AUGUUGACCACCAACUUCAGGCCAUCGCGCCUGGCCAUCACGAUAUCGGCGACCGUCUUCGUCGUCAUCUUCCUCGGCGUCUUCAACUACAUGGCCGAGACCCCCUUCGUCGACAUCUCGAUACGGCGACCCGGCGCAUCCCGCCAACCCGACACCCAUGCUCUCCCCGUCAACGCCUCCUCCCGCACGGCGGCCCUCUCCGUCGCCGCCGCCGGCAACGCGACCCUCGGCUUCUCCAAGAUCCUCAUGAUUAACAUGGAGCAGCGGUGGGAUAAGCUCGAUGCUGCCACCAUCCAGGCCUACGUUUCCGGUCUGCAAAUCGACAUGUUCAAGGCCGUCGACGGAAAGCGCGAAAUCACCGAUAUGGGCAGCGUGGGCAUGCCGCCCGCGAGCGGCGGAAACUUGAGCGGUGGCCAAAGGCCUGCUAUCGCUCCCACGCAAACGUACAUCUGGACCGACAUGAUCAUGAAUCGCUCCCCUCCCAUCCUCAUCCUCGAAGCUGACGCAUCGUGGGACGCCAACCUCCGCUCCAUCAUGUCCCUCGCCAACGAGAACUUCAUCCAAUACCUCGGCGAGAUCAAGUCCAAGCCUCAGUCGAGCCCCGUCUACCAAGCCCAAGGCAUCGUGCCCAGCGAGGAGCGACCCAUCCAGUGGGACCCCAGGGAUCCCUGGCUCUCCGAGCACUGGGACAUCAUCUCCGUCGGCCACUGCAACGACCAGCCCUCGUGGUACGGCGAGUUCCCCGACCGCGCCUACAAGGACAAGUGGGCCUCCACCCCGGGCGACCUCUUCACCAUCCCCGCCGGCUCCUCCCGCUGGUCCUACGCCCCCAACAUCGGCAUGGACAAGGGCGCCGACAGCGAUAUCCUGCAGGUCGACAAGGGCAGCGAGGAGGGCGCGGAGAGGGACAUGUCGGGCUGGGACGCCGUGCACAAGAGGAAGUCGGCCUGGGUCGUCAGCCCCAAGUUCGCCGGCAUGAAGUUCAAGCAAUGGGCUCUUGAUAUUUCUUACAGCAGGAUCUUCAGUUAG